AUGGGGAUCUUAAAAAGGAGCAGGAGGAAAUUAGCACGUGCUCUGCUCAUUGAUUUCUUUAAGAUGGAGAAAAAGAAAAUUCUAAUGAAAUCCAAGGUUGCUGCUUCUAACCUCCUGAGGGCCCUGCAUUCCCUGUACCAGUUCGGUCACCUCUGUGAUGUGACAGUUCACACACAACAUCUCGGAAUUCAGGAGGAGUUUCUGGUUCACAAAGCUGUCUUGGCAGCUUCUAGCAAUUAUUUCAAGGGCCUUUUCCUGCAUGAUGAGAUGCUGGACACCAAGAAUUGCACAGUGACUCUGCAAGACAUUUACACUGAAGAGUUCACCUCUUUCCUUGAGUUCGUUUACACUGCAGAAGUGGAAAUUGAAGCAGAAAAACUGCAACGGAUGAAAGAAAUAGCUGAAAGACUCGAAUGCAAGGAUUUGCUUGACAUUUGUGAAGAAGUAAAAGCAGAGGGCAGGAAGGGUUUAGAUUUGAGCCUCCAUCUGAAAGGUCAGCUGGGUGAAAAUGGUGGGCCACAGUGGACUUGCAUCCAGCAAGAGGAGAACCGCAAACUGAGUACCUCUUCCCAAGUUGUGGCGAUACCCAUGCAGAGGAAACUUUGGGAUAAGCAAAAACAUAAAAAGUUGCUGACUGGCUAUGAACUCAUUGAAGGCCAACCGGCAAACCUGGAGCAAGAGGACUCUGCUUUUCCAGACCCAAAAACCAGGACAGCAAAGCUACCAAAAUGUAACAAGACAGAUACCAGAAACAGAGUCAGCGUGGAUAUCGUUAGUCUGGAAAACGAGAAUACUCAUCCUCUCCUAAGUCAGACUGAGUCAAAGGAAGCCUGCAUAGUACUUGGGAACCCAUUGCCUGAGCAGUGGAAAGGUGAAAACAGUUUAAUUUCCAAAUUUGCCAGUAAAACAGAAUGUAGGAAAUCACCGCGGCACGCGGCAAAAGUCUUGCCGCAGAUUGCAUGCGAGAAGUGCAACGAAUCAUUCCGUGUUAUCAAGCAGUACCAGUCGCACAUGGAGCUCAAGCAUAACGUUAAUCUGGCUGUCAAGUACAGCUGUAAUACAUGUGAGCAGCUCUUUUCCACUCUCCAGAACCUCCGGCAACACCGCCUCACCGUUCAUAGCGAUGAGCGGGGCUUCUCCUGCCUGUUUUGUGACAAGAGGUUUAAGCGCCAGAAGGACAUAAACGACCAUAUCCGCAGGGUGCAUGAGAAGAAGCGGGAUCCCCAGGCCUGCCCGUACUGCGACAAGGUCAUCAGUUCCAAAUGCGGCCUGACAGUCCACAUACGCACGCACACAGGAGAGAAGCCUUAUAAAUGCGAACGCUGCCCCGCCAGCUUUGCUCAGAGAUCUGCUUACAAUACUCAUGUAAGGUACAGCAAUAUCCGUGUAAAAAUCCAUGAGUCUGGGCAAGAGAGGAAACUUAUGCCUGUCUAUUGGAUGGUAGUUCCGCCUGCACGUAGACCGAACGCAACAAGCUGUGACAAAGAUCCUGACAGAGAGACGUGGGAUGGGACAUCAGAAGCUGAACGACAAAAGUGUGCAAGGCACGAAGAGGUCACAAGCCCAAGAAGUGAAAAAAGGAGCGAGGAAGGGAAUGGAGAUGAAGGUGAAAUGAGUGUGAAGGGCGAGGAGGAGGUAGAUUACGAAGCAGGGUAUUCAGAAGUUGAAGACACUAGAGAUAAUGGGGAGGUCUGUACUGAGGAGGACGAUGAGGAUGAUGAAUACUCUAAUGAGAAGGAUGGUGAAGAACGUGAAUCAGAUGAAGAGUUUAAAAUAAAGAAGGUAAAUAGAAGUGGAGUGAAUAAGAAAUCUGCCUAUCUAAUAAGAUGCGAUAAGUGUAACGAGCAGUUUGUUUCCCGGAAAAAGUAUGUGGAUCAUUGCAGAGAUGUCCAUCAAUGCUUGCCUGGUAAAGUCUAUCAGUGUGACAUCUGCAGCAAGUCGUUUGCUAGUUACAACAGCUGGAAGGAGCAUCGCGCAUGUGUCCACACUGAAGAAAGGCAAUUUGCCUGCACCCUUUGCAAUGCUACUUUUAAAAGAAAGAGAGAUGUGAGGACGCAUUAUAUACGGAAGCACGAAGGCAGAGUCAAACGCCCUCUCUGCUCUGUCUGCGGGAAGAUCCUCAGCUCCCGAACAGCACUAGUCUUUCAUAUGCGGACUCAUACAGGAGAAAAACCUUACGAAUGUGGCAUUUGUCAUUCAAAAUUUGCUCAGCCGUCACAACUUAAGAUCCAUACCAGGUCCCAUACAGGGGAAAAGCCGUACAUUUGUGAGGACUGUGGGGCUUGCUUUGCUGAUAAAGGCAAACUCACUGGCCACAAAAGGACCCACACAGGAGAGCGUCUUUUUAAAUGCGAUGUGUGUGGAAAACAUUUUGCCACCAACGAAUACUUAAAAUGCCAUAAACGAUGCCACAUGGGUGCUAAGCCCUACAAGUGCGAGGUUUGUGGGAAGACGUUUGGACUGAGAGCUUCGCUAGCCCAGCACAGUAACGUCCACGCAGAGACCCGUCCAUAUUUCUGCGAGCAGUGCGGGAAAACCUUCACCCAACAGGGCGCUCUACGCCGCCACCAGCGCAUCCACACUGGGGAAAAGCCGUACAAGUGCAGAGCCUGCGAGAGAACCUUCACGGACAUGUCCACCUUACGCAGACACGUGUCGAUUCAUGACCGGAAUGCUCACUGGAGAAGUUUCUUAAUAGAUCUUACAACGAAAAAAGACCAUAAUUGGUCCAAAAUAGAGACAUUCUCCGAAGCCUGUACAGGUGAAGACUCUGCGCCGGAAAUUUGGUCAGUUGACCAAG